CGGCAUUGCGGCGGCGCCGCGGCCGGCUAACGUGGAGCGGCGGCUGGAGGCGGUGCGGCGUCUGCUCGGGCUCCGGCUCCGGCUCCGGCUCCCGUCCCGGGUGCGCGCGCAGUCCCCUCUCCGAGGCCCGUCCCCUCCGGCUCCGCCCAGCGUGAGGGGCGCGCGGCCGCCGAGACCCCGCGACGUCGUCGACCGCUGAGGAGGAGGCGGCGGAAUCUCGGACCAGCGUCUCGCCCGCGCCGCAGGAUUCACAGAUGGAUUCAGUAGAAAAGACAGCAAAUAGAAGUGAACAAAAAUCAAGUAGAAAGUUUUUAAAAAGCCUCAUCCGGAAACAGCCUCAAGAACUGCUCUUGGUCAUCGGGACGGGUGUCAGCGCAGCAGUGGCCCCAGGAAUCCCCGCCCUUUGCUCGUGGAGAAGCUGCAUCGAGGCUGUCAUUGAGGCUGCAGAGCAGCUGGAGGUGCUUCACCCUGGGGACAUCGCUGAGUUUCGGAGGAAGGUGACGAAGGACCGGGACCUGCUGGUUGUUGCCCAUGAUCUGAUCCGGAAGAUGUCACCUCGCACCGGUGACACCAAGCCCAACUUCUUCCAGGACUGCCUGAUGGAGGUUUUUGACAACCUGGAGCAGCACAUCCAGAACCCGCUGGUGCUGCAGUCGAUCCUCAGCCUGAUGGCCAGGGGCACCAUGGUGCUGACCACCAACUACGACAACCUGCUGGAGCUCUUCGGCCAGCAGCAGAACAAGCCCAUGGAGUCUCUGGACUUGAAGGAUAAGACCAAGGUCCUCCAGUGGGCAAGAGGACACAUCAGAUACGGAGUUCUUCAUAUUCAUGGCUUGUACACAGACCCCUGUGGGAUGGUAUUGGAUCCGUCAGGAUAUAAAGAUGUCACUCAAGACGCGGAAGUAAUGGAAGUGCUCCAGAACCUGUACCGCACGAAGUCCUUCCUGUUCAUGGGCUGCGGAGAGACCCUUCGAGAUCAGAUAUUCCAAGCUCUCUUCCUUUACUCGGUGCCGAACAAGGUGGAUUUAGAGCACUACAUGGUUGUGCUCAAGGAAGACGAAGACCAUUUCUUUAAGCAUCAAGCGGAUAUGCUUUUACACGGAAUCAAAGUCGUAUCCUAUGGGGACUGUUUUGACUAUUUUCCGGGAUACGUGCAAGAACUUGCCACUCAGAUCUGCAAACAGCGAAGUCCAGAUGCCGAUCGAGUGGACAGCACCACGUUACUGGGUAAUGCAUGUCAGGACUGUGCAAAGAGGAAGUUAGAAGAGAAUGGAAUUGAAGUUUCAAAAAAGCUCAGACAAUCAGAUGAUGCUGGAGGGUCUUGAAAUCCUUAAAGCCAGUAAACCAGCCUCUGUAACCGCAGUGCCGUGCGCAGACGACAAGGAAUGUACAGGGAACUCCACACGGGGCUCCACUCUAAGCCGUCACACACCCUCAGAGAGCCAUGUGGCUGUGUGGCCCUCGAGGCAGGGCGGGAGUCCCCCCUGUAGGUGUUUGAGUGCGCAGGAGGUGACACCUACACACUGCAGGUGUGCUUUCUAAGGACUGACGGACAGCUACCUCAGGGACCAGAACCACUGGGAAGGGAUGGACCUGGUAUUCCCGCUUUCUUGCGACAAGGUGGUAUUUUUCCUACUAUAAAAGGGGGAGAGUAAAGACUGUACAAGCAACAGUAGUUGCCAAAGAGAAAAUAAGAACUAGAUACAUUUUAUAAUUUUUAUGUGGGAACAUCUGUUAACUGUAGAAAACAUUUUAAAGGUAUGUUUGUUACAUAUUAAGUAGUGAAGAACAUACGGCUACUCCGAAUCCACACUGAAUCCACUAGUGAAAACGGUGUUUUUUUAAAAGAACGAGAUCAAAAGGGCUUCUUUGGAAUUAUGUCAUUUUAGUAACUUCUAUUCCAAAGAAAUGGAAGGUCUACGGGCCUUUUCAAAAGCACAGAUGAAUGUCGUGCAAGUCCACUUUGUGACUGAUGAGAAAAAGUACAAGAUAAUGAAAAAACAAGGCACAAGACCAAGUUUUAAACUUUAGAUUAUAAAUUCCAAGCUUUCCAAGCCUUUAUUCUCUGGGGUAAGGUCCAGACUUUCUGUGCUGAUCUCUUAAAAAUCUCUUCCCAUUGCCCAUAUUAAGGGGGUUUGCACAUAGUGAGUCAGACAGACCCUGUGACGGGCUUUGCACCACGUCCACUGAUCCCAGGGUUUACCCAGGUGGGAACAGCCACCUGGCUGCACUGCUGGCGCCUGGGGCUUCUCUGAUUGUGACUGCGGCAGGGGCUCUCAUGCUGGUACAGUGAGGUCUUAAAAUGAAUGAAGGGUUGUCUUUGGAAACAACAAGCCCUGCUUGGUUUCAACUUGAGGCUGCUCAUUUUGAUGUGACAUUUCUUGCCAAGCCCUGUGACACUCACUAUUGAUGGCACUGCAGCUGCCACAGGUGCAGAGAAGUUGUUAAUAAGAAACAUAAGGUUGGGGUGUGUAGGGAGUGAGAAGCCAGAGACCUGCUGCAGACUUUUUUUUUUUCCUUUUUGAAGCAUGGAAAACAAAUUUUUAUGCCACUCUGGUCAUAAAUAAAAUGUUAACUUUAACCCUGUGUGCUCAAGGUUUCUUUAGUUAUCACGAGGCUUCCCAUAAUGUAUUUAAUGCGAAUUUUUAGCUGGAGUUGCUACCCAGUUGUGAAAUCAAGUAAAUGAUUACUUGAAUGUGUUUAAAUUUUUUAAAUAGCAAACAUUUUAUCCCACUGUUUCACUUGACUAGCCUUAAGAAAAAAAGCCAACAUUAUAAAUUGUUUUUUUAAAGACACGUUUAUAAAGUGUAAUCAGGGAUGGAUAUCUGAAAGUUGGCCACAGGGUAUAGAAAAAUUAUGAGUGUAGAGGGUUCUGUGGAAUCAACUGGGAAAGUCAGAGCCCAUCAUGCAAAGAGUUUUGAAUGCCAUGCUGAAGGAUCUGAGGCAAUCUUGCUGUGAUGAAUGUAUACAUCUAGUCAGUUCUGUUGCAUGCUUGUUUUAAAAUGCAAGUUUAUUCCAGUGUGCGUGAUAUAUUAGAAACACCUUGAGCAUAAUGCGUUUGUUUAUAUAAUUUUGCCAGUGAUACUAGGUCAGAGGAAGACAAAGUAUGGCCUAUUGGUUCACUUUCUUAAGCUAGUGUAGUUGUUAUAUUUUACAAUAGUUAUACAAGUACCUACUUAAGAGCCUCCUUACUGCCUCACCAAAGCCUGAAAUAUUUACUGUGGCCCUUCAAGAAGUUUGCUGAUCCUGGCACUAAGGCAAUGCGGUAAACUGCACCCAGCUGCGCGGAGCUGCAGACGAACACAGCAAACUCACGCCUGCUCAGCCUGCAGUCGCCUACCCACUGGGUCACGAGGAGCCACGCCCUCCCACAGCAGGUGUGAGUGUUUCGGACAACCCUCCUUCCUCCACCCCUUCUGACACCCACUUCCACAAAUGGACUUUAGGGCUUUUUCAAGAUAAAGUGCCAUAUUAAUUUUAGUAUUUGUGUAUUUCUUAACCAUUUAAUGUAUCUAAAAUCAGUGAUUUUUAUUAGGUUGUACCUAUUUUGAGUGCAGUACCCCAACUCUAUUUCUGUAGCAUUGUGAUUUUUAUUGCUUUUAUGCUUUUGCAUUGCAUGGUGGUUUUUAGGAAUGUGGACAUGUCGCAUCAGAACAGAAAUGACUGUACUAGGUAGGAUCGCUGACAAUCUGAGUCAGUUAUGGAAAAAAUGAGAACAGCCCAGGCAAAAGAUAAGGGAAACAGAGUUCAUGUAGCAUUUAAAGGAACAUUUCAUUGUUAAAGCUGAGGCAUUUCAAGGCAGAGACAGCAGCAGGUGAUUAGGUGGUGGAGCCAAUUCUAUAAAACGGGACAGAGAAGGAGGACAAGAGACAGGCUUCUGCGCUCUACAGUUCAGAGAUCAGCUCGAUCUCGGUACCGGAAGCUGCUUCAGAGCAAGAACCAAGUCUUUCUGAGACUUAAUUUAAGCACAGAGUGGAUUCUGUUGUUAAUGCAACAAUGAGCUGUUCAAAACUGACUCCAUUACUUCAGGAGGCUGCCCCUUGGUUAGCACUUGGGCCCAAAGCCAUCUUUUUCUUUCUUUUUUGUGAUGAACAGUUUGGUUUCACCAAAGCAAUCUUAAAGAGAAGAUCACCCCAGAAUUGUCUUGUUCCAUUUUGAAAUGGAAAUGAAGUACUAUUGAAAAGUGUGCAACUUUCUUUCCUACACAUACGUAUUUAAGUGGAGAAGUCAGCUGUUACUUGACAAAGCUUGUAUUCUUCAAUAUUUCCUUAACAGAAAUUAUACUCAGAAAAAUUUAGAUUGCAUUGAAGCAGGCAUAAUUCAAUUGCACCAUUAAAACUUUUUUGGCUUCUAAAAUGGUACACUGGAGACAUUUGAAAUUAGAAUAUUUUUAUUGACAUUUUCAAUAUUAACAUAAAGUUUGUCUGAAACGAUUUCCUUAAAAGCCAGGUUCAACGACUUACUAACCACCCUAUAACUAGUACAUUUAAAAAACAGUUUUCCUUAAAGAGUACUUAAAGGUGCGAGGCAAGACCAGAGUGAAGAUUACUGGAAUGGGGCCUGAAUACUCCUUAACUGAAGUGAGCUAUAUAGUCUCUUUGGCUAAAACAACUGUGAUUUUCCUUAAAGGGCACAGUGGCUGGUCCUGUCACAUUGGAGCUAUUGGGAUGUUAGGGGGACUGAACGAACAGUAAUGCACCUGACCACUACAGGGCUGCUGGCUGCUGAGGGCACACCAGUUCCUAAGAGGACUCUCGAUGGCUCUUGCUGCUUUCUCGGCCUUCAGUGUCUGGAUACGGAGAAAGAUCUAGAGUCAAAACUCGGCUGAACAUGCACUCAUCUUGCUGAAAUGGAGAGAAGACAGUGAAAAAAUUCAGUUGCCCUAAUUAGGGAAAAAGUAUUAAAGUAAAAUAAGGGCCAUUAUUGAGUCUGGAUUUGCAUUAAAAAGGAACCUUGUUAUACCCAAAAGGUAUCAAUUAUCUGCAUUUAUAUCAGGUUUUUUUCUGUAUUAUCUGGUAGAAUUUCCCUUUCUCUUGCAGCAUGUUUCCAGGUGGUCCCCUAACACUCUGUAGGCGCAGGAAGAUAAAUUUUUAUUUUUGCUUAAAGGAAACCUCAGGAAGUAAAAACUAUCCAAAAACUGAUGACUUGAAUUAGUUCCUCCACUCCAUUAGCUCAGGUAAGUAUUUUUGAGUGGCCUAAAGGUGUGUUCAAAUUCUAAAAUUUACUAUAUACAACUUGAAACUUCUAGCAAAUUUCUUUGUUUUUUCCUCUGAUAUUUUUGGAAGAUAAAUGGUUCCUUGUUCUACUACAGUGCAUUUAUUUUUUGUUUAAAACAUUCAAACAUUACAGAAACAUGAAAUACAAUAUUAACAGUUUACUCUGUGUCAGUUAAUACAUACUAUUUUACAAAAUGAAACGAAUACACUGUUCUGUACCUUUCCAUUUGCUUCUUUCACUGAAAAUAUAUCAUCUUAAAUCUCUAUGUACUAUCAUAGGAAAAUAUCCGAGUAGUUACUUUUAAAUCUUAUUUGAUUAAAAAAUCA